UCCAGUCAACGGACUCCAUUUUUCUAGAUCAAGGCCAUUUUUUGCCAAAGAUCACCACCGUUCAUUUUCCACUCUCCCGCUCGAAAGAAAUCUCCGCUUCUUCUUCCGAAACCCUCGCCACACCCUUCUCCUUUACUCGCUCUAGUCCCUGCACUAUCUAGUUUUCAAGAAACUAUGGAGCAUUCGCCGUCCUCAUCUUCGCAGUUGCCUUCUUUGGUAGAUCCUGCAAAGCUUUUUAUAGGAGGAAUCACUAAGGAGUUGGAGGAGGACGUGCUGAAAGAUUACUUUCAGAAGUUUGGGGAGGUGAAAGAAGUGGUGGUGAUGAGAGAAAGAGCUACGGGGAAUGUGAGGGGCUUCGGCUUUAUUGAGUUUUUUGAUUCGGAAGCUGCGGAGAGGGCCAUCAAUGAGGGGCAGCAUCUCAUCCGGAACAGAUCGGUGGACGUGAAGAGAGCCAGACCAAGACCUGAAGAGCGGAGGAUUUUCCAAUCACCUCAUCACCCAUUUCCAGAUCAGAGUACACAUAUAAAUAGAAGGCUAGGUAGGACUGGAGCUAACAAUAGCAAUAAUGAUGAGAGUCAAACAUCAUCUAGGAAGAUUUUUGUAGGUGGUUUGUCAGCCAAUGUCACAGAAGUCGAGUUUAGAAACUAUUUUGAGAAAUUUGGUUGCAUUACUGAUGUAGUGAUUAUGUAUGAUAGUGCAACACACCGCCCAAGGGGUUUUGGUUUUAUUACCUUUGAUACUGAGGAGGCUGUGGAGAAUGUGAUGCAGAAGAAUUUUCAUGAGCUGAAUAAAAAAGUUGUAGAGGUUAAAAGAGCAGUUCCCAAGGAUUUAAAUCACCUCAAUAAUGGUAGCAGUUAUAAUGGCCACAGUAAUACUAGAGGAAGUGGAGGAAGAGUGUCAUAUGUUAAUAACCCACAUGUAAUCUACCCACCUCAUGACCCUAGAUAUGGGUAUUUUUAUGGUUAUGCACCGCCACCUGUUCCUAAUUAUGCGUAUGGACCACUUGGUUAUGGAGGAGGCUACACUUAUGCCGGCUAUGGUGGAAUGGGAUAUAAUGCUUCGUAUACAAGUCCAAGGGGCACUUGGACUGGGCAAGGAGGUAUGAUGGCUGGAAGGAGGAGUCCAGUUUCCUAUCCUAAUGGCGGUUUCUAUCCUGGAUAUGUCCAUAUAGGGUCUGGUGGCUAUAUUGGCCUGACUUCUGGUGGGUACCAUGGGGCUGUAUGGUCUGCCAAUGGCAAGUUCAAUCAAACUGGUACUGGUCUGCCAUUGUCAGAAUUCGAUAGUAAAAAACCUUCGGAAUUUGACAAUGUUAAGGUUGAUGAUGCUCACUAAUAUCUUACUUUGUAAGGCAAUUCAUGCUGAAAUUCCAAAUGAGUAUUCUCAGCAGCCAAAAUCUUCACUUCAAGCAGGAUCCUGUCAUCAUCUACUAAACCGAAGUAUUCAUUUAUCAGCUUUGUGCUGCAGCCAAUAUUCAUAGGUGCUGAUUAUUCUACUUCUCUUGAAGCUCACAACAAAAAUCCUCUUGAUUUCCUGCAGAAAAGAAAAGGGAAAAAAAAGGAAAAAAAACACAAUCUUAUGGGGAAUCCCCUACAAAGGUUUGUUUAAUUCCUCGGUUUACUUACUGUAUGGAUAGAUGCGAGAUGGUUUGUCUUUUAAUUCAGCAACAUUCUUUUC